CUGCAGAUUUCACAAAACUGCACCUUACUGACAGCCUCCAUCCACAGGUUACCCACGUGUCAUCCAGCCAUUCAGGAUGUAGUAUCACCAGUGAUUCUGGAAGCAGUAGCCUUUCUGACAUUUACCAGGCUACAGAGAGUGAGGCUGGUGACAUGGACCUGAGUGGGCUGCCAGAAACGGCAGUAGAUUCUGAGGACGAUGACGAUGAGGAGGACAUUGAGAGGGCGUCGGACCCUCUGAUGAGCAGGGACAUUGUGAGGGACUGUCUGGAGAAGGACCCCAUUGACAGGACUGAUGAUGAUAUUGAACAACUCUUGGAAUUCAUGCACCAACUGCCUGCCUUUGCCAAUAUGACAAUGUCGGUGAGACGGGAGCUGUGUGCUGUGAUGGUGUUUGCGGUGGUGGAAAGGGCCGGGACCAUCGUGUUAAAUGAUGGGGAAGAGCUGGACUCCUGGUCAGUGAUUCUCAACGGUUCUGUGGAAGUGACUUACCCAGAUGGAAAAGCAGAAAUCUUAUGUAUGGGAAACAGUUUUGGCGUCUCUCCCACCAUGGACAAAGAAUAUAUGAAAGGAGUGAUGAGAACAAAGGUGGAUGACUGCCAGUUUGUCUGCAUCGCCCAGCAAGAUUACUGCCGUAUUCUCAACCAAGUAGAAAAGAACAUGCAAAAAGUUGAAGAGGAAGGAGAGAUCGUUAUGGUGAAAGAGCACAGAGAGCUUGAUCGGACUGGAACGAGAAAGGGUCACAUCGUCAUCAAGGGCACCUCAGAAAGGCUCACCAUGCAUUUGGUGGAAGAGCAUUCAGUAGUAGAUCCAACGUUUAUAGAAGACUUCCUGUUGACCUAUCGUACUUUUCUUUCUAGCCCAAUGGAAGUGGGCAAAAAGUUAUUGGAGUGGUUUAAUGACCCGAGCCUCAGGGAUAAGGUUACACGGGUAGUAUUACUGUGGGUGAAUAAUCACUUCAAUGACUUUGAAGGAGAUUCUGCAAUGACUCGAUUUCUAGAAGAAUUUGAAAAUAAUCUGGAAAGAGAGAAAAUGGGUGGACAUCUAAGGCUGUUAAAUAUCGCAUGUGCAGCUAAAGCAAAAAGAAGAUUGAUGACGCUAACAAAACCGUCCCGAGAAGCUCCUCUGCCUUUUAUCUUACUUGGAGGCUCGGAAAAGGGAUUUGGAAUAUUUGUUGACAGCGUUGAUUCGGGUAGCAAAGCAACCGAAGCAGGCUUGAAACGUGGGGAUCAGAUAUUAGAAGUAAAUGGUCAAAACUUUGAAAAUAUCCAGCUGUCAAAAGCCAUGGAAAUUCUCAGAAAUAACACACAUCUGUCAAUCACUGUGAAAACGAAUUUAUUUGUAUUUAAAGAACUACUAACAAGAUUGUCAGAAGAGAAACGAAAUGGUGCCCCUCACCUUCCUAAAAUUGGAGACCAAGAAGCCAGUCGGUACUCCAUCCCAGAUCUUGCUGUAGAUGUAGAACAGGUGAUAGGACUGGAAAAAGUCAAUAAAAAAAGUAAAGCCAACACUGUUGGAGGAAGGAACAAGCUAAAAAAGAUACUCGAUAAGACUCGGAUCAGUAUCUUGCCUCAGAAACCAUAUAAUGAUAUUGGGAUUGGUCAGUCUCAGGAUGACAGCAUAGUAGGACUGAGGCAGACGAAACACAUCCCAGCUGCUCUGCCUGUCAGCGGCACUCUGUCAUCCAGUAACCCUGACCUACUGCAGUCACAUCAUCGCAUCCUAGACUUCAGCACUACCCCCGACUUGCCAGAUCAAGUUUUACGGGUUUUCAAGGCUGACCAGCAAAGCCGGUACAUCAUGAUUAGUAAAGACACCACAGCGAAAGAAGUGGUCAUUCAGGCCAUCCGGGAAUUUGCUGUUACUGCCACCCCAGAUCAGUAUUCUCUUUGUGAGGUCUCUGUUACACCCGAGGGAGUCAUCAAGCAAAGAAGACUUCCAGACCAGCUUUCCAAGCUUGCUGACAGAAUACAGCUGAGUGGAAGGUACUAUCUGAAAAACAACAUGGAAACAGAAACGCUGUGUUCGGAUGAGGAUGCUCAGGAGUUGCUUCGAGAGAGCCAAAUUUCCCUGCUUCAGCUUAGCACAGUCGAAGUCGCCACCCAGCUCUCUAUGCGGAAUUUUGAGCUUUUCCGCAACAUUGAGCCUACUGAAUACAUAGACGAUUUAUUUAAACUGAAGUCAAAAACCAGCUGUGCCAACCUUAAGAAAUUUGAAGAAGUCAUUAACCAGGAAACAUUUUGGGUGGCAUCUGAAAUUCUGAGAGAGACAAACCAGCUGAAAAGGAUGAAGAUCAUUAAGCAUUUCAUCAAGAUAGCGCUGCAUUGCCGGGAAUGCAAGAACUUUAACUCGAUGUUUGCAAUCAUCAGUGGCCUAAACCUGGCACCAGUUGCAAGACUGCGAACCACCUGGGAAAAACUUCCUAAUAAAUAUGAAAAGCUAUUCCAGGAUCUCCAAGACUUGUUCGAUCCUUCCAGAAACAUGGCGAAGUACCGCAACGUCCUCAGUGGUCAAAAUUUGCAGCCUCCUGUCAUCCCCCUGUUCCCUGUCAUCAAGAAGGACCUCACAUUUCUCCACGAAGGAAACGACUCAAAAGUAGACGGGCUGGUCAACUUUGAGAAGCUGAGAAUGAUUGCAAAAGAAAUUCGUCAUGUUGGCCGAAUGGCUUCAGUCAACAUGGACCCAGCCCUCAUGUUCAGGACCCGGUCCCUCAGCCAGGGUAGUGCAAAUGCCACCGUGCUGGAUGUUGCUCAGACAGGCGGUCAUAAAAAGCGGGUACGACGUAGUUCCUUUCUCAAUGCCAAAAAGCUUUACGAAGAUGCCCAAAUGGCUCGUAAAGUGAAGCAGUACCUGUCCAAUUUGGAACUGGAAAUGGAUGAGGAGAGUCUUCAGACAUUGUCACUGCAGUGCGAGCCAGCCACCAACACGUUGCCUAAGAAUCCUGGUGACAAGAAGCCAGCCAAAUCCGAGACCUCUCCAGUGGCUCCACGGGCAGGUUCGCAGCAGAAAAUGCAGCCCCAGCCCCAGUCGCAGCCACAAGCACCACCACAUAAAGUCAGCCAAGGACUGCAGGUUCCUGCUGUGUCCCUUUAUCCUUCACGAAAGAAGGUGCCUGUGAAGGAUCUCCCACCAUUUGGUAUAAACUCUCCACAAGCUUUAAAGAAAAUCCUUUCCCUGUCUGAAGAAGGGAGUUUGGAGCGUCACAAAAAAACAGCAGAAGACACGAUCUCCAAUGCAUCUUCACAGCUGUCUUCUCCUCCCACCUCUCCACAGAGCUCUCCGAGGAAAGGUGGCAGUGGCAAUCAGCUGAGAUCUUUUGGCUCCGGGCAGUUGGACUUAACCAGUUCCUCCUCUUCUCUUGGAAGUGAGAACAGUAACAAGAAUAACAAUGCACCACGGACCUAUGGGAUAGGUUACACAUUGGCUCCCAGCGGUACUGUGGAUAAUUUUUCAGAUUCUGGUCACAGUGAAAUUUCCUCACGAUCCAGUAUUGUCAGCAAUUCUUCUUUUGACUCCAUGCCAGUCCCACUGCAUGACGAGAGGCGCCAGAGGCAUUCUGUCAGUAUCGUGGAAACAAACCUGGGGGUGGGCAGGAUGGAGCGGCGGACCAUGACUGAGCCUGAUCAGUACAGCUUAGGGCCCUAUGCACCGAUGUCUGAGGGCCGAGGCUUGUAUGCUGCAGCUACAAUCAUCUCUUCUCCAAGCACGGAAGAGCUUUCCCAAGACCAGGGGGACCGUGCUUCCCUGGAUGCUGCCGACAGCGGCCGCGGGAGCUGGACGUCAUGCUCCAGCGGCUCCCACGACAGCAUUCAGACCAUGCAGCACCAGAGGAGCUGGGAAACACUUCCCCUCGGGCACACCCACUUUGACUGCUCAGGGGCUCCUGCGGCUUUAUGGCCCUCAAGCAGCCAUAUGGACCAAGUUACGUUUUCUGAUCAUAGCACAAAGUAUAACAGGCAGAAUCAAAGUAGGGAGAGCCUUGAGCAAGCCCAGUCCCGGGCAAGCUGGGCAUCUUCCACAGGUUACUGGGGAGAAGACUCAGAAGGCGACACCGGCACAAUCAAGCGACGUGGUGGAAAGGAUGUCACCAUUGAGGCUGAAAGCAGCAGCAUAGCAUCUGUCACCACAGAGGAAACCAAGCCUGUCCCCAUGCCUGCCCACAGAGCUGUGACGCCAAGUGCUGCUAAGGGGCUCGUAGCUCGCAAGGAGGGCCGCUACCGGGAGCCGCCGCCCACGCCGCCAGGCUACGUGGGCAUCCCCAUCGCCGACUUCGCGGAGGGGCCGCCGCUCCCGGCCAGGAAGCCCCCGGAUUACAGCGUGGCGCUGCAGAGGUCGCGCAUGGUGGCCCGGCCGGAGCCCGCGCCCGGCCCCGCACCCCUGGGCCGCGCCAGCGCCACCAAGCCGCAGUGGCACAAGCCCGGGGACGCCGACCCGCGCCUGGCCACCUAUCCGCCGCAGCCGCAGCCCGCCGACGAAGACGAAGAGGAACAAGUGUCCGCUGUGUGAGGCAUCCACUUCUCUGGGUCCAGAGAGAGCCACCUGAGGAGAGCACAAGACGUCCCUAGCAGUGGAACCUGGGAACUCACAUCCCCAGGAUGGCGGACCAGUUUGCCUCCUUCCCUGCCUUAAAAGCAGCAUGGGGCUCCUUCUCCCCUCUUCCUGUCCCCUUUGCAUGUGAAAUACUGUGAAGAAAUUGCCCUGGCACUUUUCAGACUUCGUUGCUUGAAAUGCACAGUGCAGCAGCCUGGAGCGCCCACUGUUGCUGCCCGCUACAUCACACAGUACCAUUCCAGAUUCCAAGGUGAUUCGCUCUGGCUGCACUCCUCAAUGCCCGGAAGGACUUCAGAAUCUGCCUUGUAGAUUUCAAUCCAGCCCCAGCACUUGGUCUCAUUGGAUAAUGAGAAAAGCUAGCCAUUGAACUGCUAGGCCUUUAAUCCCCACGGAAGACAAGGAAAACAGCGAAUCCUUUGAGUACAGUGCUUGUCCACUUGUUUACAAUGUCUUUUUUUUUUUUAAUGAGUUUAAAGGUUUUGUUCAGAGAGUAAAUGUUUUAUCCAUUUAAUGAUUACAGUAUUAUUUUUAACCUUACAUAGGGUUGCCAGCCUGGGUUUCUAAAAAACCAAAUAUGCCGGCGGUGUGGCCACACAAGGAGAAGGGAGGACUGGCUUGUGCCUUGACUUCCCGGGUCCUGCUGGCCCCUCCCGAGAAGUGCCCUAUCCCAGAGGAAUGAAAUGUUAGCCAAUUAGUCAAAUACCAAGACUCCUUUCCCACUCCUUCUCCAGUGGGCAGGAUUCUUCCAAAGACUGUUUGCACACAGCCAGAGGAGGGAAAUAGGACUCUUGUGUCCUGUCUGAGCCUUAUGGAGACAGGACAGUGUCAUUUGAGGGUGUGUCCUGCUCCGUUGAAAUGGAUGGCAAACCCCACUUUUAAGUUAUGUUUAUUUGAUUUUUGUUCAUUUAGAGUUUUGGGGCUUUUUACUUUUUAAGAGAAACAUUUAUAACUGGAUAGCAUUGCAGUGGAAGCAGCUUGGGGUGUUGGACCUAAUGCCAGCUGUUAAGACUGCUCUUCCAAGACAGCCUCCCUUUGUCGAGUUGGCCUUAGGGAAUAAACAAGUCUUUAAACGUGAUCAGCGAUCAAAACCCUGGUUAGAUAUGCCAGCCUUCACAGGGUUGGUGAGUUACAAAGGCUCACCAUAAGUGGCUUUAUGGACGCUGCGUAGAGCGAAGGCCUGAGUGUAGCAACCGUCUGCUCACAGCUGCUAUAAACCCUAGAAUGACUGAAAAUGACCCCUCCACUCUAUUUUUGUGUUGUUUUGCACAGACUCCGGAAACGUGAAGGCUGCCAAUCCGAGUAGUACUCAAAUGUGAGGAACUGCUGGUCUUGGAUUUUUCCAUUGAAUUCAGCUGAUCAUAUUGAUCAGUAGAUAAACGUAAAUAGCUUCCAAUUUUAAAAGUCGAAUUGCAGUGUUUUUUCACUGUAUCAAACAAUGUCAGUGCUUUAUUUAAUAAUUCUCUUCUGGAUCAUGGCAUUUGUCUACUGCUUAUAUAUUACAUUGUCAGUUAUGCAUUUGUAAUUUUACAUGUAAUAUGCAUUAUUUGCCAGUUUUAUUAUAUAGGCUAUGGACCUCACAUGCAUAUAAAAAGACAGAACUCUAGCUCUACCACAAGUUGCACAAAUGUUAUCUAAACAUUAAGUAAUUGUAGAACAUAGACUGCUAAUCUCAGUUCGCUCUGUGAUGUCAAGUGCAGAAUGUACAAUUAACUGGUGAUCUCCUCAUACUUUUGAUACUACUUGUACCUGUAUGUCUUUUAGAAAGACAUUGGUGGAGUCUGUAUCCCUUUUGUAUUUUUAAUACAAUAAUUGUACAUAUUGGUUAUAUUUUUGUUGAAGAUGGUAGAUAUGUACUAUGUUUAUGCUUCUACAUCCAGUUUGUACAAGCUGGAAAAUAAACAAAUAUAACAUAAA